CCUUAUCUUGUCUCCAUGUAUAGAAUGAUGUCUCCAUGUAUAGAAUGAUGUCAAUUGUCAAGUGGUUAAUUAUUUGUCAAUAGGUUAUAAUUAUGAUUGUGUAAUGUCAAAAAGUUAAGAAGUUAAAAUAACUUCUUUAUUAAAAAUUAUAGAUUUGUAAAAGUAAAUUGAGCAAAUAUUAUGUUUUCGGUGAUGUAAAAAUUACCUUAUAAAAUGUAAUAUUUUAACUUUAUGUGUGUUAAAGGGUAUGGAGCAACAUAUAAGUGAUUUGAAUGGUUCACAUGAUAAUAAACAUAUAACUAUAAGAGCUUUACGAAGAGGCUCUCGAAAUGUAAUUUCCACAUUAUUAAAUCCUAUUAAAAUUAUUCCAAAUGAUAAAGGACUCCCACGUGAUUGGCAAGGACUAGCAGAGUUGUGUGGGAUAAGCGGUGAAAAAAUACCUAGCCUACAGCAAGACCCUGACCCCAGUAAUAAGGUUCUACACUUGUGGAGUGAGGAAGACAAAAAUGAAAGCACAAUAGAUAAAUUUAUUAUAUACUUAGAAGAGUUAGACAGAUUUGAUGUUAUUGAAGAUAUCUCGCCAUUAAUAGAGGAAGAUAUUAAUUACUUCAAACAGAAUACAAGCGAAUUUAGCAGUAAAUACCCAGAUUUAGAUAGUGACAAAUAUAUAUUGACCAUAGAUGACGUGAAUAGAAGAAGUGAGGGACUUGAACCACAGACUUAUGAUGCUUUUGUUCUUUUUGCUGAUGACGAUAUAGAUUUUGCCACGGAACUUAUAGAAACUAUGGAGAAACAAUAUAAUUUAAAAUUAUGCGUUAAAGGAAGAGACCUAGUUGGAGGAGGGUUCGAACAUGAUUCUGUGAUUAAAUUAAUUUCGGAAAGGUGCUGUAGAUUAAUUGUCAUAUUGUCACCAGCCUUUCUGGAUAGUUCAGCAAAUCAGUUCUUCUACAGUUUUGCACAAGCUAUUGGCAUAGAACAAAGGCAAAGAAAAAUAGUACCGUGUCUCUAUAAGAAUUGUGGCAAAUUACCAGCAGAACUCUCAUGUUAUGUUAUAUUAGACUAUGAGAGAACUAAUAAAUUAUGGAAAAAUUUUUGGUAUAAAUUGUACAAUUCAAUUAGAACACCUGAAGCGACAUCUGCUGUAGUGGGAAAUGUUAAUUUAAUCAGUGCAUCAAAAUUCAAUUGUAGGUCCUCAUCUCAGUACAAUCCGUCUUCUAAUCGUUGCCUCCUGAACCCGGAACAAGAAAAUCCUAGUCCUGAUAGUUUAAGGUCUUUGAACCAAGUGAAAUUUAAGAGCAUGGGAGAUUUGGACUCUAUUGACAAUCAAAAAAUUAUGCCCGAGGAAUGUAUGACCGAAAGCAAUAGUGCUAACAGUUUAGGAGCUUAUUCAGAAAAAACAAGGAACAACGCGUCUCUUUAUAAGCGUAUUAAAAAAAUUAUAAAAGUGAAAAGUACGAAGAAUGAGGAGACAAAAUCUGAAACACCUAACUUAGUUACCGAUGUGGAGAUUAAUAAAACAAAGAAGAAGAAUUUUUUUAGCAGGAACAAAAGAAAAGCUGCUUUGGCAAAUUAAAAUAGGAUCUCUGUUGUACAAAUUUAACCUAUUUCUAUCUUUAAUUGAUUAAUAUUUCUCUUUUCAUG